AUGUUCCUGUCGUCCGUGCUCCUCCUCGGGCUCGCCCACCUCGCCGCUUCGAAGCCUCUCUCCGUCAAGCGCUGGGAUGACUUCGAAGUGAAACAUGCUUGGGCCGAGGUUCCCCGUGGAUGGACACUCCACGCGCCUGCUCCGGCCGACUACAUGUUCGACAUGCGCAUCGGUCUCCGGCAGAACAGGUUCGACGAGCUCGUCUCGUCGCUGUACGAGGUCAGCGACCCUGCCCACUCCAGGUACGGUCAGCACCUCUCCAUGGAGCAGGUCCACGAGCUGGUCGCUCCCCAUCACGAUACCGUCGACCUCGUCGAGGCUUGGCUCGCUGCCCACGACCUCGACGCCGACUCCGCCCAGCGCUCGCCAGCAGGCGAAUGGAUCACGCUCCGCGUCUCCGUCGCGCAGGCGGAGAAGAUGCUCGGAAACGAGUACAGCAUCUUCCGCCACGGCGAGAGCGAGGAAUACGUCGUCCGCGCGAUGAACUACUCGCUGCCCGCCUCACUCUCUGGCCAUGUCAACCUCGUCGCGCCCACGACCUACUUCGGCACGAUGAAGAGCAUGCGCGCCACCAGCCACAUCAAUCUCCACGCGCCCACGAUCAACACAGACAUCGACCUCCUGGACGGCCCGGGCUCCCUGGCCACUGUGCCUUCCAGCUGCUCGAGCACGAUCACCCCCUCCUGCUUGCGCGCGCUGUACAACACCGCCUCGUAUGUCCCUAAGGCGACGAACAAGAACAUCCUCGGUGUCGCCGGUUAUCUCGAAGAGUUCGCAAACCGUGCCGAUCUCCAGACAUUCUUCUCACGGUUCCGUACCGACGCGGUAAACUCCACGUUCACGACUGUUCGUCUUAAUGGAGGAGGUGACGACCAGACGGACCCUGGUGUUGAGGCCAACCUUGAUAUCCAAUACACCGAGGGCAUCUCCUUCCCUACCCCGAACAUCUACUAUAGUACUGGUGGAUCGCCUCCGUUCACUCCUGACGACAAUACCCCCACGAACACCAACGAGCCUUAUCUCGACUGGCUCAACUUCAUCCUCGCCAACAGCACCAUCCCUCAGACUUUCACCACCUCCUACGGCGACGAUGAGCAGACCGUCCCCGAAGAUUACGCCACCGAGGUCUGCAACCUCUUCGCGCAGCUCGGCGCCCGUGGCAGCUCUAUCAUGUUCAGCUCCGGCGAUGACGGUGUUGGUGGCGGCGACUGCCUUUCCAACGACGGCACCAAGACCAAGAAGUUCAUCCCCAACUUCCCUGCGUCGUGCCCCUUCGUCACCACCGUUGGUGGUACGAUUCGAGUCAACCCUGAGGUCGCCGUCAGCUUCUCCGGUGGAGGUUUCUCCAACUACUUCUCGCAGCCUUCCUACCAGUCCUCUGCCGUGUCGACCUUCCUGACCAGCCUCGGGUCUACCAACGCUGGUCUCUUCAACAAGACUGGCCGUGCCUACCCUGACGUCGCGGCCCAGGGUGAGAACUUCCAGGUCGUCAUCGGUGGCCGUACGAGCUCGGUCGGCGGCACUUCGGCCUCCUCUCCUACGUUCGCCGCCGUGAUCUCCCUCCUGAACGACUUCCGCCUCUCGCAGGGCAAGUCCUCGCUCGGCUUCCUGAACCCGCUCAUCUACUCGACCGGCGCCACGGGUUUCAACGACAUCACCUCGGGUUCGAACCCGGGCUGUGGCACGAACGGCUUCACUGCGCGCGCAGGCUGGGAUCCCGUCACCGGCCUGGGCACGCCCGACUUCGGCAAGCUCCAGACGCUGAUUGGGUGA